AUGGCCAUUAAGCAGAUCGUGUGCUCCGGCACACCAUACGAGAUCGGACACAAGCAUGGCUCACAAGCAGCCCCGGAAAUCGAGCGCGCGAUCAUAUUCUACGCAAAGAUGUUCGCGAAACACAGCAAGCUCGACUGGGCCCAGGUCCAGGAUCUCGCGCGCGAUUUCGACGGCUUGAUUCGCGAGAAGUGGCCGAGAUAUUACGAGGAGCUUCAGGGAAUCGCGGCCGGUUCCAAGCGUGGCUUGGUGGAGAUAAUCGCCUUGAACGUCCGCACCGAGAUUGUCUUUGGGCAGUUCAGCGAUGGAUGCACGAGCGUCUACUACCAGGGCGAUGGGAACUCCUUCCAGGGGCAGAAUUGGGAUUGGAGCGAAGGCCAAAGCGAAAACCUAAUCCAAGUAACAAUUCUGCAACCAAAGCUGCCCACCAUCAAAAUGAUCACCGAAGCCGGGCAGAUCGGCAAAAUCGGGCUGAACUCCGCCGGGGUCGGGGUGUGCUUCAACGCGAUUCGCGCAAAGGGCAUGGACAAGACCCGGAUCCCUGUUCACUUGGGGCUCCGGAUUGCACUGGAGAGUUUUUCUGCGAUGGAUGCGGUCAAGAAUAUUGAACGGAUUGGCAUGGCUAGCUCGGCGCAUAUACUUCUCGGAGACGCCACGACGGCGGUUGGGCUGGAAUUCACUUCCUCUACCUUUGCGCGCGUCCCGGUUAAUGAAAAGGGGUAUCUGGUGCAUACGAACCAUAUGCUGCUUCCGCAUAAGGGUAUUAACGAGCCUAUCUGGUUGAAGGACUCGCCGGUGCGUGUUGAGACGAUGGGCGAGAAUAUCUCGAAGCUCGGGCGGGUGACAUGGGAUAGUUUUAGGGAGCUGUUUAAAGACGAGACGCACUUCCCUCGUUCGAUUAACCGGGCAGCGGAGGGGACCAGCGAUAUUGCGACGCUGUUUAACAUUGUCAUGGAUCUGGGGGGGAAGAGGGCGGACCUAACAAUGGGGCGAUUAACAAGCGGUGUCGAGGGUGAAAGGAUUAUUCUCAGCUUCGAGCAAUAG